UGUUUCCCUUAGGUAUGGAAACUCUAUAAAGAGAAAGUCGGCUUCCCUUCUCUCCAGCAGUCAGCAACAAGAGUCCCAUCCGUGACACUUUGGCCUCCACACCAUUGCAAAGAAGGGAAACGGCUGUACUGAGGCUGUCCCUGGAAGCCAUGCAGCAGCCCUUGAAUUACCCAUACCCACAAAUCUACUGGGUGGACAGCAGUACGAGCUCUCCCUGGGCUCCUCCAGAGUCCAUUUUCCCAUGUCCAUCUUCUAUGCCUGCAAGGACUGGUCAAAGGAGGCCACCACCACCACCACCGCCACCACUACUGCCUCCACCAUUACCACGGCUGCCCCCACUGCCUCCACUGCCACCACCACCCCUAAAGAAGAGGAGGGAACACAACUCAGGCUUAUGGCUCCUGAUGAUGUUUUUCAUGGUUCUCGUGGCCCUGGUUGGAUUGGGGAUGGGGAUGUAUCAGCUCUUCUAUCUACAGAAGGAGCUGGCAGAACUGCGUGAGUCUGUCAGCCAAAGGCAUACAGAAUCAUCUUUGGAGAAGCAAAUGGGCCACCCCAGCCCACCCUCUGAAAAUAAGGAACCGAGGAAAGCUGCCCAUUUAACAGGCAAACCCAACUCAAAAUCCAUUCCCCUGGAAUGGGAAGACACCUAUGGACUUUCCUUGGUUUCUGGAGUGAAGUAUAUGAAGGGCAGCCUUGCAAUCAAUGACACUGGGCUAUACUUUGUAUAUUCCAAAGUAUACUUCCGGGGCCAAUCCUGUAAUAAUCAGCCCCUGAGCCACAAGGUCUACACAAGGAACUCUAACUACCUCCAGGAUCUAGUACUGAUGGAGGGAAAGAUGAUGAACUACUGCACCACUGGCCAGAUGUGGGCCCGAAGCAGCUACCUGGGGGCAGUGUUCAGUCUCACCACUGCUGACCAUUUAUAUGUCAAUGUAUCUGAACUCUCUCUGGUCAAUUUUGAGGAAUCUAAGACAUAUUUUGGCUUAUAUAAGCUCUAAGGAAAGCACUUUAGGAUUGUCUCCAUUAUGAUUCCUUGUUGUACGCACUGGUAAUAGUGUCUUGAAUGUCUUCUUGAACCUGGUUGAGGUCCAGUGAGAAGAAUAUGAACCAUGAAGACAUUGAGACCACAAGAUCCAGUAGGUCUAUAGUGCUCCAUUUUGCCUGAGGUUUAUGAGCUGAACAAGAGGAGGAAUAUUCCUGAAGAAUGGAAGCUCUGAGAUGCUGUGAAAAGAUGUGGAGGCAUGGAGAAGCAACUCUCCUGGGUUCUAGACACAUCUCAAAUGCCUGUUGGCAUUUGCACACAUGUGACAAGAUAUCUUUUAAUUCACUGGCUUAGGGCGGGUCUACUUGCUACCUCAGAGGGUACUAUCCUUCAAAUACAUGGUUGAGACAUGGAAGUAUAAGUAUGGAAAAGGAAGACUAGGCUUCAAUGAUAAGCUAAAGAGACUGAAGGAGGUCAGUGUCCUUUGGCGCCAUUUUUACUUCCAAGUGUAUAUGCUGGGCCACCAAGUGAUAGUGAAAGAACAGCAUGAAGGAUCUUUGGGGAACUCAAGUCCAUUUUCUACACAUAAUAUAUAUUUCCAGUGCAAUUUGUAUGCGUGUGUGUGGUGUGUGUGUGUAUGUGUGUGUGUGAGAGAGAAAGAGAGACCCUGAAGAGUUAACUGAAGUAGAGAGAAUGUAGAGACUGUGAAGCACGCAAUAGGUCAAAUAUGUUGGAGUGGUGGUAGAUCUUGAAUUCUUCUUGAUAAUCAACUCUACUAGUCCACAAAACUCUUUGAAUGGUCAGUGACCUUUCCUUUAGAGAUAUUUAUAUAAAUUUUCUGUAUUUUCAUGAAGA